UCUUUCUGUUUUCUCACUCUUUUCACCCGGAGAGAGAGAGAGCUUCAGCAUGAUGAGCUGAAGCGGCGAGCGCGGAGGAGAGCUCUCUCACACACUCACACUCACACGGAGCGGCUUCAUAACUUCCUACCACAGACACACACACUUCUACACACAUUAUUAGAGCAGCAGCACAUGCUUCUGGAGGACUCGCUGUGCGGAAGAGAGAGGAUUUAUCACGUUUGUGGGGAGAAUUUCUGACUCUCUCUUUCUCUUUAGUAGAAACACAAACAUGCCUGUAGCGACUCUCCUGCCUUUCACCGCGACUCCGAGUAGGAAGUCUGUGAGUCCGACCUCGUUCAGACUGACGGAGAAAUUCAUUCUGCUGCUGGUCUUCAGCGCCUUUAUAACGCUCUGCUUCGGCGCGAUCUUCUUCUUGCCGGACUCCUCCAAGCUGCUCAGCGGAGUUUUCUUCCGCUCCGCCCCGGCCGAGGGCGACGCGCGCCCGGGCACGGAGGGAGACCUGGCCGGCGGGGUGGGCGCCGGUGCCACCGGCAAGGACGAGAGGAUCCUGUACAAAAUCAGGAAGGACUACGAGAAGGCGCUGCUGGAAGCCAAAGACACGCUACAGAAGCGGGCCGAGGACAUCAAACACGACAUUAAAAGCGAGAAGGAGAAUGAUGUCCAGGGCAGAGCGAGAGGAAGAGACGACUCUCUGCCGGAGAUCGAGUUCGCCCGGCCGCCUGGAGCAACAGGGCACGAACCCUCGGACCCGGAGACCAGGGAGAGGAGAGCCAAAGUUAAAGAGAUGAUGCAGUUUGCUUGGGGCAAUUACAAGCGCUAUGCCUGGGGUUCCAAUGAACUGCGGCCCGUCUCCAAGCAAGGCCACUCCAGCAAUCUGUUUGGCAGUCUUAAAGGAGCCACCAUCGUGGAUGCUCUGGACACUCUCUACAUUAUGGAGAUGUAUGAUGAGUUUGAGGCUGCUACGGAGUGGGUGGAGAAAAAUCUGGAUUUUAACAUGAAUGCUGAAAUCUCCGUCUUUGAAGUGAACAUCCGCUUCGUUGGAGGAUUGCUGUCCGCCUAUUAUCUCUCGGGCAAAGAGGUGUUCAGGAGGAAGGCUAUAGAGCUGGGCGAGAAGCUGUUACCUGCAUUCAAGACCCCCACUGGAAUCCCUUGGGCUCUUCUCAAUCUGAAGAGUGGCAUAGGCAGGAACUGGCCGUGGGCGUCUGGAGGCAGCAGUAUUUUGGCGGAGUACGGCACGCUGCAUUUGGAGUUCAUGCACCUGAGCAGACUGUCUGGGAAGCCGGUGUUUGCUGAGAAGGUCAUGAAUAUCAGAAAGGUGCUGAAUCGUCUGGAUAAGCCACAAGGACUGUACCCCAACUAUCUGAACCCCAACAGUGGACAAUGGGGGCAACAUCAUGUGUCUGUGGGUGGUCUCGGAGAUAGCUUCUACGAGUACCUGCUCAAAGCCUGGCUGAUGUCGGACAAGAGAGAUGAAGAGGGCAAGAAACUCUACUAUGAUGCUCUGAAGGCCAUUGAGACCAACCUGAUCCGGAAGUCCAGUGGUGGUCUAACCUACAUCGCUGAGUGGAAAGGAGGGCUUCUGGAACAUAAGAUGGGUCACCUGACCUGCUUCGCUGGAGGGAUGAUCGCGCUGGGGGCUGAUGGGGCGCCCGACGAUAAGACGGGUCACCAGAUGGAGCUGGCAGCCGAAAUCGCCAGAACAUGCCACGAGUCCUACGCCAGAACCAAUUUGAAGCUGGGACCUGAGGCCUUCAGGUUUGAUGGUGGUGUGGAAGCCAUCGCUACGCGGCAGAAUGAGAAAUACUUCAUCCUGAGGCCGGAGGUGAUCGAGACCUACAUGUACAUGUGGAGGUUCACUCACGACCCCAAAUACAGGAUGUGGGGCUGGGAGGCCGUACAGGCUCUGGAGCAGCACUGUAGAUUGGAGGGCGGCUACAGUGGCGUUCGAGAUGUUUACGCCAGCAGCCCCAGCCAUGAUGACGUCCAGCAGAGCUUCUACUUGGCUGAGACUCUGAAGUAUCUGUACCUGCUCUUCUCGGAUGAUGACCACUUGCCGUUUGAUCACUGGGUCUUCAACACUGAGGCUCACCCGCUGCCCGUCAUAAAGCCUGACAAUGCAGACCGGUCUAACCAGCUGUAGUAGCCCUGACCUUUUCCCCAAAGCCUCUGGCUGUGGCGGCCCCUCUCUUUCCUCCUGGGCUGGAUUUUAACCCGUGCUGGACACCAUCAGCUGAGGCCCAUGGCUCAACGUCCUCUACGCCAUCUUUAGAGAUAGCAGUCUGCAUGCUGCCCCCACUCUGACCUUUGGUCCCUCCUCUUUCUCUCACACUCUCUCUCUUGAUUUUUUUCUCUCUUGAUCUCUCUCUCUUUCUGAGCCUCUGAGGCCCAAAGGACCUUCGUCUCUCCUCUGUGAGGAGACCAGAUGAUUUCCACUCAACCAUCUACAGUCUCCCUCAUACACACUUUGGGGACAUAUAUAAAAAAAAGCCAUACUGCA